AUGGCAACACUUUUUGCUCUUCAGACUACUGCAGUCAUGAGGAGCUGUUCAGUUUCCCCAUGUAUCUUCCCUCAGCCUACAGCCUUGGUGAAAUACCACUGUAGGAGCUGUGCCACAGAUGCUGUCCACAGUGGCAGCAGCUACUCUCUAGCCUCCCCAGCAGCCCCACAGAGAUGCAGCCGCAGCAGUCUCAGCAGCCUCCGCAGCAACGCCAGCACCAGCACCAGCAGCAGCAGCAGCAGCAGCAGCAGCAGCAGCAGCAGCCCCUCUAGCAGCAACAGCAGUAGAAUAAGAACUAGUAACACAGGCAGCAGCAGCAGCAGCCAAAGCAGCAGCAGCCCCAGAUCCAAUAACACAGACAACAGCAGCAGCAGCAGCAGAACUAGUAACACAGGCAGCAGCAGUAGCCAUGGCAACAGCGGCCCCAGACCUAGUAACAGGGGCAACAGCGGCCCCAGACCUAUUAACAUGGGAAACAGUGGCCCCAGACAUAGUAACAGGGGCAACGGUGGCCCUAGACCUAGUAACACAGGCAACAGUGGCCCCAGACCUAGUAACACAGGCAACAGCAGCAGCAGCAGCAGACCUAGUAACAUAGGCAGCAGCAGUAGCCACAGCAACAGUGGUCCCAGACCUAGUAGCACAGACAAAAGUGGCCCUAGACCUAGUAACACGGGCAACAGCAGCAGCAACAGCAGUAGCAGCAACAGCUAUCCCAACAGCAACAACAGCCAUCCCAGCAGCAGCAGCAGCAGCAACAGCCAUCCCAGCAGCAGCAGUCACACCACCAGCAGCAGCAGGAAUAGCAGCAGCAGCAGCAGCUCCAGCAACAGCCAUCCUAGCAGCAGCAGCAGCAGCAGCAGCAGCAAUCAUAGCAACAGCUACACUCAUAGCCGCACGUCAUGGGAAUGA